AUGAAAUGCACCACCUUUCUCGUCGCUGCCAUCGCGUUGCUCGGUGUCGUCACUUCAGCCGACCAACCUGUCGUGAAAACGUCCGCGGAGGCGCUAGAGAAGGUCCAGGCAUCCGCUUUACCAGCUGGCGUCACACUGACCGGAACAACGGAGAAGAUCGACCCACCUGCUUCAGCUGCUGCGGUUGCCACCAAGGAAGCCGACGUCCGUGAGAGCAAGCAUGUUGGCAAGAACAACAUGGAUGAGAAAGAAGACGAUGACGACAAGAAGGAGUUCUUUGGUGGAGGCCUCGGUGGUUGGGGGCGGCCUCGGUGGUUGGGGCAAUUGGGGCGGCUGGGGCGGCUACGGAUCCUACCGCUUCGGCUUUAUGUACGGCGGGAUCGGCGGCUGGGCGUACCCGUUGGGCUACUGGAACACAUUUGGAACUUGCUCGUCACGCUGGAUGCUAAUCGUGCAGUCAAGUCGGAUCCGAGUACUUCGUGUCGCUACUUGUUGCAGCUGUUUCGUAGUCAGCGAUCGAGCGAAAAAUGA